AUGCGGACCGCUCUUCAUUAUUAUGUAACCCUGUUGCCCUCUCUACAGUAUGAACAAUCGGAUGAAGUCUCGUACGUCCUCAAUAUCACGCGAUUGCCGGACAGCUGCCAAAAUAGUCCUCAGUUGUAUGAAUUGAUGGACUCCCAGUUCCAUAUAAACCUAUCUCUGGCAUUUUACGAAAUCACUGUAUACGCUAAAAAUAAAGCUGGACCUUCACCAUCAUCUAGUACUUUGGUUCCAUUACUCUCUGCACCAGAAUUAGAAGGCAAACUAUUUGCUACAGUUCAAGAUGGUAACAUUCUACUUACAUGGAGUCCACGCUUCCAAUGUGACUUUUUUAUAGUGAAUUGGGGUACGAACAGUUCAAAAAUGGAAACAAAGACAUUUAUGGAGAAAAUGGAAAAUGUGACACUUACAGGAGACUUUGAAAACAUGAAGAAAUACACAAUAAUGAUUCACCUGUAUCCCGAGUAUUGUGAAUGUGAUGAAUUUACCAAUGAAAACACUUUUGGAAUAACCUAUAACUACGCUGAAGAAAGUGUUCCAAUAGCCGCUCCAGGAAGCAUUGUUAUCAAAAACAUUACCAAGGAGUCUGCGCAUAUAUCUUGGGAAGAAAUCCAGGAGGAGAAUUGUUUGGGUUUCUUGGUGGGCUACGUUAUUCAUUACAAAGAUAUAUUACAGAACACAACUCUAUACUAG